AUGACUCUUUUGAAGAGAUCACCUGAGUUUAUGGAUCAAAAAUGUGAUUCAUGUAAUACUUUUUAUGAUAUUGAAGAUGUAUCGAAUAUCCGGCCAUCAUACCAAAGAAAAAUUGCAAAUGAAUAUCAUACUGGCAAUCAUGUUGAAGAAGAAAAUAUUAAUGUUGCACAAAACACACCAACGGAGUUUUUGGGUUAUGAUUGGAUAGCAUCAAUGAUCGACAACCAAAUGAGAGCUAUGUACUCAAACAUUUUGAAAAAACAUAAUAAAACGUCAGUAAAUAGUGAUAUAGUUGAUGAACAAUGGUUAAAUCAACCAGAACUUUUUGAGAACCUAAGUAGAUUUCGUCAAACAAAUUCCGACCUUUGUUGUUCACAGCAGCCUGUAAGUUAUAACAAGGUGUGUACAAAAGUUAAUCCUCCCCGGUCAGCAUCAACAAGAGUCAGACAACUGGUUCGACCAAUACCGCCUGUUAGAACCAAAUUUUUACCUAACAGUAGUUCAAGACCUCCAGUUAUAUACAGUUAUACGUUGAAUUCUAGACUAUUUCCUGUGAGGACAGAUAUUUUGGCCGAUAAUGAAAAGGCUGAAUGUGAUGCAAACAAUUCAGUAAUUCUAAGUAUUUCAAUUCCAUCGCAUCGUUUGAAAAGUAUGAAAAUCUCAAAUGUAUCAUCAGAUUACUAUAAAAAGCAUAUUCCAGUGUUAUCUCAUCGACCUGGAAAUACAAUUUCUUUAAUAGACCACUGUUAUUGA